AUGAUGUUCCCGUCCAAUGCAAUUAAAAAGAUAUCUGCCAUCUUCAGUACUCAGCGCGAGCUGUACCCGUCCACAAUGACAGUGGACGAGGCGAGGAAACACCCGAAGAAGUACUCAGGGUAUCCCGAGCUCGUAAAAUAUCUAGCCUCCGGCGAGAACCUGCCUAUCGUGCGACGAUUCGACAGGCUGACACUCCGUGCAAUUCUCCGUCUCCAGGACGAAAUCACCAAGAUCGAGGAGCAAAUCGAUGCCAUCGACAAGAGUCAGAUGUCAAUAGAGGUCCCUGAGGAAACCAACAAUGGGACCUUUCGUGCUGACCCAGUGCCAGAACGGGACCGUCUUCUGCAAGAUGCACACGAAAAGCUUGAGCGUUACCAUUGCUUCGUUCACAAGUACAGCAAGUUGAGGUCUUGCGUUGAGUCUAAUGUUGAGCCCGAUGACAGCGCUAUCAGAAACUUCCGUGGUUGGAUUGACAACAACUCGCGGUGGGAUAUGAUUGAAGGAGAAGAAAGGCUUAUAGAUAUACCAAUUAACAACGAGGAGAUGCAGUUUCUAAACAGCCCAGAUCUCUUCCGUAUCGUGCCCGACCAGCGCAGCCCCCUCCGCAAGUUCCUGGCUCGAUGGAAAGCGUUUCGCCAGUCAAAAGUGUGGCACAAGGAGAUUCCCGCCUCGCUGGUUCCAGUGCCUGAUGAUGGGACGUUGCUACUUACAGAUGAUGUGAAGCUAUUGACAUUCGAGAAGGUGCUGAGUGGCCUCAUUGGGAUUGCCAUGCUGGUCUCGCCGAUAUGGGUGCUUGCAUCUGUUGAUGGCUUCUAUGCUGAGUUUGGCAUUGUUACUGCCUUUCUUUGCGCCUUUACCUUUAUUGUCUGGGCUGGCACGACGCUUAGGCCAUUUGAAGCUCUCGCAGUACCGGCUGGAUAUGCUACUUUUCUAGUACUGAUCCUGCUGGUAAAGAAGGGGAGUGCCUAA